GGGAGGGUCCGUUAGGUCUCGGGGCCGCGGACUGUGGGCGGCCGCCACGCCCUCGUGUUCGCUGCGCCCCGCCGUGACGCGCGCUCGGCGCCCCAGCCCUGUGAACUCUGCCUCUCCAGUCAAGUAAACUCCAGGCACAGCUGACCAGUUCUUGAAUUUUAAACCAUGGCCCACGGGUCUGUGUUAUUCAGUGAUGUGUCCAUACUCUUCUCCCAGGAAGAAUGGGAAUCUCUGGACUUGGUACAGAGGGACCUGUAUAGAGAUGUAAUGUUGGAGAACUACAGCAACUUGGUUUCACUGGGAGACUUCAUUUCUAAACCAGAUGUGAUUUCCUUAUUGGAGCAAGGACAAGAGCCCUGGAAAGUUGUGAGGAAAGAAAAAACGUAUCCAGGUUUGGAGAGUAGGUGUGAGAUCAAGACAUUAGCUUCAGAAAAUGACAUUUAUGAAAUAAACUUACCUCAGUGGAAGAUAAUGGAAAGAAUUAAAAACCAUAGUCUUAAGGGCUUCAUUUUAAGAAGUGAUUGGGAGGCCAAAAGAAAAUCUGAAGAACAAGAGGGAUGUUUCGGUCAAGUAAAAAUGACAUCUCAAAAAGCGUCCUCUUACCAGAAAUGUACAUCUCUUACUACACAUCAGAGGAUUCAUUUCAUUGAGAAACCUUAUGAGUGUGAAGAGUGUGGAAAGGCCUUUAGAGUCCGCCAACAACUUACUUUUCAUCACAGAAUUCAUACUGGGGAGAAACCCUAUGAAUGUAAGGAAUGCGGGAUGGCUUUUAGACAGACUGCACACCUCACUCGACAUCAAAGACUUCAUUCUGGUGAAAAACUCUUUGAAUGUAAGGAAUGUGGAGAAUCUUUUAUGUGUGGCCCAGAUCUUCGAGUGCAUCAGAAAGUUCACAUUGGUGAGAAGCCCUAUGACUGUAAGGAAUGUGGAAAGGCCUUCAGAGUGCGCGGCCAGCUUACUCUCCACCAGAGGAUCCAUACGGGCGAGAAACCCUACGUGUGUACAGAAUGUGGGAAGGCCUUUAGACAGUAUGCACAUCUUACUCGCCAUCAAAAGCUGAAUAGUGCUGACAAACUCUAUGAAUGCAAAGAAUGUGGAAAGGCCUUUUUGUGUGGAUCUGGCCUCAGAGCACAUCACAAACUUCAUACUGGUGAGAAACCCUAUGAAUGUAAGGAAUGUGGCAAGGCCUUCAGAGUGCGACAACAACUAACACUCCACCAGAGAAUUCAUACGGGGGAGAAACCAUAUGAAUGUAAUGAGUGUGGAAAGACCUUCAGUCGUGGGUAUCAUCUUAUUCUUCAUUACAGAAUUCAUACUGGUGAGAAACCUUAUGAGUGUAAAGAAUGCUGGAAGGCCUUUAGCCGUUACUCCCAACUGAUUUCCCACCAGAGUAUUCAUAUUGGUGUUAAACCCUAUGACUGUAAAGAAUGUGGGAAAGCCUUUAGGUUAUUCUCACAACUUACACAGCAUCAGAGUAUUCAUAUUGGUGAGAAACCUUAUAAAUGUAAGGAAUGUGGGAAAGCCUUCAGAUUGCGCCAAAAACUCACUCUCCACCAGAGCAUUCAUACUGGUGAAAAACCCUUUGAAUGUAAGGAAUGUAAGAAGUCCUUUAGACUUAAUUCAUCUCUUAUUCAACAUCUGAGAAUUCAUUCUGGGGAGAAACCUUAUGAGUGUAAGGAAUGUAAGAAGGCCUUUCGACAACAUUCCCACCUUACCCAUCAUCUGAAGGUUCAUAAUGCAAAAAUAUAAGAAAGUCUUUUCAGUUCUGUGCUGUAUAAAAUUUUGAGUUGUAUUAUUUAAUCCCUUUGCUUCACACAGGCAGCGGGGUAGGGGAGUUCAUCAAUUGAUUUAUUGAAUUUGUUGGCCUGAGAGAGAACUCAGUGGGCUGGAGCACAUGCUUUAUACACGGAAGGCCUGUGUUCAGUUUUGGCACUAUAUGGUCCCCAGGCACUGUCAGGAGCAAACUCUGAGCAUUUAAGCCAUGUGUGGCCCAGAAACCUAAAAGGAAAGAAUGUUCAUAUAUCCUAUCAUCACACAAACCUGAUAAACUUCAUAUUUAUUUUUAAAUUCCUGUUAACAGUAGUGGGAAAGAUAUGUCUAUCCCAUAACUUUCCUAUUUGUGUUACAUUGAACAAGAUGCUCAACUGCUCUGUGCUUGCUAUUCCAAUUCUUAAAUUUGUAAAAUGGUGUUGUAAUACUGUGACAUAACGAAGAUGGCUAGAGACUUGUUAACAUUGCCUAGCAAGAGAUGGGUUCCACAUCCAAUCUCCAUGAACAUGGGCAGACUGAGACUGCUUUGAGUAAAAGUAGUGCUCUGCCAGUUUCUGGACCCAGGACUUACUGGUAGAUUUUACUCUCUCGAAAGAAUUCACUCAAGUUGAGAUCCUGCUGUUACCUUACAAGUGUGUUCACUUUAUUGAACAGACCACUUG